AUGUUCAAGAACAUUGCAGGCAUAUACGCCAGUGCAAGUCACCAGCUCAGGCCGGAAACGAUGGACUACAAUUCGCUACGCUGCCAAGGUCUAGAAGCUGAAGAGGAGAAUAAUCCGCAUUCACUGAGCGACCCAAAGACGGACUUCACAACACAAAGUUCAGUGACAAAAUGUUCGUUGUGCAAAGAUAAGAGGUCAGAAUGGCUUAAGAGGAAAAAGGAGAACGAAUUCUUGGUUCCAUUGUAUCCUCAACCAGCGGAAAGCAGAGACGAGAACAGUCCUCCAAGCGCAUCCAUGGCCCACACCUCAGCACAAAACACGGUGGGCACAGUUUUAUUUCAUAGUGAAAUUUCUGCGGUGCAGGGUCUGCUGUCUCUCUCUUCCUGUCUUUUGCAGAGCAGCAAGCCGCACGUGUGUCCCAGUGGUGACCAGACAUGCACAGCUGAAGGCAGAACACUGGAUGUUGGAACGGGUCUGGAGCCAAUGAUGACGAGGAAGUUUGAAAUAGAGGUUGGAAGUGCUGCAGCAGAGACACCUGUAACAAAGGUGCCAGAGCACAACCAAGGGCAAGCUAAAAGCUCUGCUGCUUACAGCCUCGAACCUGUCCCAAGUGAUGUAAACCGUGGCACAGCUGCAGAGGAGUGUGACCCCUCAAUAACUUGCAAGGACACGGACGUGGAACUCCUGGGGACUGCAUGCGACGAUGAUGUUUGUAGCAUCCCUUCAGUUGAGGUGCCGUCCCCACUAGACCUCAGUGCAUGCAGCACAUCACAGGAGGUCACUAGCAAAGAAAUGGACGUGGAACUCCUGGGGACUGCAUGCGACGAUGAUGUUCGUAGUAUCCCUUCAGUUGAGGUGCCGUCCCCGCUUGACCUCAGUGCAUGCAGCACAUCACAGAGAUGCGACAUUUCCGUAAGCUGCAGUGAAACGACCCUUUCAAGCACUGAAAAAGAACAGCUUUUGGAGCGUAUAAAGUGGCUGGAACGUGCUCACCGAAGAGACCAAAAAAAGAUCAGGGCCUUGGAAGAGCAGAAAGAAAUCUUCCACGAGCAUCUCUCAGACAUGUUCAAUUCGGACCAGCUGUCUGCCAUCUCCAGGCACAGCAACCGUGGAAGCAAGUGGUCUGAGAGUACCAUUAAGAAGGCAUUGCAGCUACACUUCUCCUGUGGAAGCAGCGGGUAUGACGACAUCCUGGAACAGAAACUCCCAUACCCUUCUGCAAGAACGCUGAGACGAAGAGUUGAAGGCAUCAAGUUCCAGCCUGGUGUACUGCACGAGGUGUUUGAGCUGCUGCAGGCUAAAGUCCCAGCCCUUGGACCCCAGGAACGAUGCUGUCUUUUGAUGAUAGAUGAGAUGGCUAUUCAGCAGAAGCUCGAGUACGACCCCAGUACCAGCUCCAUCCGUGGAUACAGCACACUUCCGGUGCCAGGCAAGCAAGAAAAAACACUGGCGACCCACGGACUUGUUUUUAUGUUAUGCGGAAUAUCCACACGAUGGAAGCAAGUUGUUGGUUAUCACUACACGGGAGACUCGUUCAGUGGAGUGGACGCAGGAAACAAGACGGUUGACAUAAUAAAAAAAUGCCAUGCCAUCGAGCUUAAUGUUCUGGCCAUAACCACAGACAUGGGACCAGGGAAUAGAUCUAUGUGGCAGUUGUUCAAGGGAAACAAAGAAAUACGUGUUCUGGCAGAUGUUCCACACAUAGCGAAAAACAUGUGUGGUCACCUUGUCAACAACCAGAGGAUAGUGUUGCAUCCUGACGACGUGCACGAGAACAACCUGCAGGGCUGCAUUAUCUCUCUCGACCCCCUAAAGAAACUUGUGGACUUUCAAGACGGCAGUGUCUUUAAACUCGCACCAAAUCUCAGAAAGGAGGUUAUUGAACCAAAUCAUUUUGACAAAAUGAAAGUUUCAAAUGCUAUGAAGAUAUUCAGUCAUGCAACAGCAGUGGCUCUGUGCUACAUGGUAGACAAGCACGGAUGGCCACAACAGGUCUUGACAACAGCAUGGUUCAUUGAACAAGUGAACCAUUGGUUUGACCUCAUGUGUAGUCGCCAUCCCGUUAUGGCUCUGAGCAACCACAACAUCGACAAGCACAGGGAGGCAGUAGCCUUCCUUGAGAAAUUCAUGAAAUUUUUUUCACGUGCGAAGAUCGGAAAUGGGCACUUCAAACCAUCUACAAAAGCACCUCCUUGA